GUAUGCUGGAAAAAGCAGUGUUCACAGCUGAGUACAGCAGCAUUAAUCAGAAUGGGUACAGUGUCCCAGGCCUCAUCAUUUUGGCAGAGCUAGCUUCAUGCGCUAAGCGAACUCUUGCCCGGAUGCUCGUCAUUAUCGUGUCUCUUGGAUUUGGCAUUGUCAAACCACGCUUAGGUGUGAUUCUGCAUCGUGUUGUUGGUGUUGGUCUUCUGUACUUUGUGCUUUCAAGCAUCGAAGGAUGUACAAGAGCACUACAAUCUAGAAGUGACCCACAGAAACAGGUCCUUCUAGCUUCCCUGCCUUUGUCCCUUCUGGAGUCAGCCAUCUGCCUCUGGAUUUUCACAGGACUUGUGCAGACCACUCGUAUCCUUCGCCUGAGACGCAACCUGGUUAAGCUCUCCCUCUACCGACACUUCACCAACACUCUUGCAUUUGCUGUCAUAGCAUCGGUUAUCUUCAUGGUAUGGUCCAUCAGGUAUCACCAGUUCGAAAAAUGUCUUACUGACUGGAAGGAGCUCUGGGUAGAUGAUGCUUAUUGGCAUGUUCUCUUUGCUGUGGUCCUCCUGGUGAUUAUGAUCCUUUGGCGGCCAUCCAAUAACAACCAGCGCUUUGCCUUCUCACCCUUAUUAGACGAUGGAUCAGAUGCUGAUGAUGAAGAGGAAGCUGAGAGAAGCAUGCUGAUUUCUGAUACGAUGAAAUUCCGAAAUACGCGUAAUUCGACCUCAUCAUCACCUCGGGAAUCGCGCUCUGUGGAAGAUGAUUUGAAGUGGGUUGAGGAAAAUAUCCCAUCAUCUAUUGCUGAUAGUGCUCUUCCCAUUCUGGACUCAGAUGAGGAAAUUGUCACCUCAAAGUUUGAAAUUUCAAAGAUGCAGUGAGGUCUCUGCAGAACCUUCUGUGACAUUACAGGUCCAUUCCAUUACCCAUUGGCACUGAUGCUGUUGGGACCCAGUACAUGUUCUGUCGCCAAAGCAUAGAAACAAAUGUUGUUUCCCUCCCCAUUGCCCAAUUUAUUUCCUCUCUCCUCUUGUAAGUUAUUGAAAGACAGAUUGUGCCUAGGUUAAGCCUUAGAGUGUGAAUGGAGUUGUCUGAGAGAGUGAAAGAAUGAUGGAAUUACUGUAAAGUUCUCGUUAUCAUGUAAUGCAUGUUUUCAUCAGCAUCUGAUUUAGUCAUUGUGUUUGAAGGCUUUCCUCUGCUCUACAUAUUUAAGAGGAACAAUUUUCUCACGUAUUCCAGAUGCUAAUAGUGUGAAAUGUUGCCUCAAAAGCCCAGUGGUGUAAAUAAGUUUUUUUUCAGAUUCCAUAAGGGUUUGAAAAAUAUUCCUUGAUGACAAGCCAUACUUUUGGGCUCCUCAUACUAUCCUCUUCAUUACCAAAUAUAGUCUUCAUCUCCCUGUUAUUUUUAUUUUAACCAGUGUGUAAGGUUUUAUUCUGGAAUUAAUACCCUUUACAUGCCUUAUUUAGAAAUAAUGUAAAGAGUUUGAUGUGUCAACACAACACUUUGUGAUGUAAUUGGUAAGGAUGAAGGUAUGACAUGUAGAAAACACCCACUAAAACCUAAAUGCUGCAGGAUAUGUUAUUGGAUAUCUAGGGAUAGUAGGUCACUCAUCAGUACUUGAUGUGCUGAUUAUAACACAGGUGAUGUCCUGGGUGUUUGUCAGUUUUAGCCCAUUGCAAAAAACUGUCAAAUGUGAUUUUAGUUGAUUGAUUGUGUUUACAAAUGGACAGAUACACAAGGGCUUAGUCACCAAGGAAUCAAUUGCUAGCCCUACUUAUCUUAUCUCUUUUCUCUUUUCCUAGAUUUUUGUAAAAAUAAAGGAAAAAAAUUGUCUUUUAU